AGGCUCAACUCGUUUCACAAGUUUAUUAGAAAAAAAAAAAGAAAAUUAAGAAUCCUUAGUGUUCAAAUUUCAGCUCUCUGAUCUAAUAUCUCCAUGGCCUUUCAAUUCUAAGCUCUUUGGAGAUCUCUCUCUCCAACCUUGACUCUCUUUCUCUCUAUUCCCGGAACUGGUUCCUUUUUUCUACUCGUCGAUUAUUCGAUGGCUGCUCCACCUGCGAGGGCUCGAGCCGAUUACGAUUACCUCAUAAAGCUUCUCUUGAUCGGCGACAGCGGGGUGGGCAAGAGUUGCCUUCUUUUGCGAUUCUCAGAUGGUUCCUUCACUACUAGUUUUAUCACCACCAUUGGUAUCGAUUUCAAGAUAAGAACCAUUGAGCUUGAUGGCAAAAGAAUUAAACUUCAAAUUUGGGAUACAGCUGGUCAGGAACGGUUCCGAACAAUUACAACUGCUUACUACCGUGGAGCCAUGGGUAUUUUGCUAGUGUAUGAUGUUACUGAUGAAUCAUCUUUCAAUAACAUCAGGAAUUGGAUUCGCAACAUUGAACAGCAUGCUUCAGAUAAUGUUAACAAGAUAUUGGUGGGGAACAAGGCUGACAUGGAUGAAAGCAAAAGGGCUGUCCCGACAUCCAAGGGUCAAGCACUUGCUGAUGAGUAUGGGAUCAAGUUCUUUGAAACUAGUGCAAAGACAAAUUUAAAUGUUGAGGAAGUUUUCUUUUCCAUAGCAAAGGAUAUAAAGAAAAGGCUUGCUGAUACGGACUCGAAGGCUGAGCCUACAACAAUUAAGAUCAAUCAACCAGACCAGGCAGGUGGGGCGGGUGAAGCUGCCCAAAAAUCAGCUUGCUGUGGUUCUUAAGAGCAAAUUAUUUUUAAUAGGGCAUUAAUUGCAGAUGACACUUAUCUAAAAAUGAGGGGAAGUUGAAAAUAGAAAAAAAAAAUUCUGAUAACAGGAUGCUGUGUGCUUGUAAUUUUUCUUUUUGUCAUUCUUUUUGAACCUGGUUUUAGUGUGUUAAGUGUAGGUUGUUAGACUACAUUUUUUAUUCUGACAGUGCGUCUCCUGUGGUACACUCUUUCUUUUGCCCUUCUUGGGCAACUAGUUUCUUCUUUGCUUUUGAUGUAUUGGAAAUAUUUGUUAGUUUAUCUGUAA